AUGGACUGCAAUAAAGAAGAGGCCUUAAGGGCCAAGGAUAUUGCUGAAAAGAAAAUGGAAAGCAAAGAUUUCAUAGGGGCUCGUACAUUUGUCAAUAAGGCUCAGAGACUAUAUCCCGAUCUGGAGAAUAUCGCUCAAAUGCUUGUUGUUUGUGAUGUGCAUUGCUCUGCCGAGCAAAAAUUACUGGAAGCUGCAUUUAAGCUGAUUGGAGAAGCUCAAAGAGUUCUUUUGGAUAGAGAAAAACGGUUAUUACUUAACAUGAGCUUGAGCAAGUUUUCAAUGAGCAGAACUGCCAUGCCAUCUCAUCAACGGAGUGUUCCAGUGAAUUUUAAUCCUGUAAUGCAAACUAAUUUCCGGCCCAUUUUCACAAACAUAAAUCCUCAGCAGCCGCAACCGCAGCCACCGCAAUCGCAGCCGCUGCAACAGCAGCAGUCUAAGCAGCCAACUCAGCAGGGGCUUAAUGGUGGUGGGGGUCCUACUUUUUGGACUAUGUGCUCAUUUUGUUCAGUGAAGUUUGAGUAUUACCGGGUAGUUUUAAAUAGAUCUCUUCGCUGUCAACGUUGCAGCAAGCCCUUUGUUGCAUAUGAGGUGGAUCCGCAUGGUACAAAACCAGCAACUACAGCAACUAAUUCAAGUCGGAAAGCUUUUGGCCAUCAGAACAAUACUCCGAAUCAUGUUGCUUUUAAGGUUGAUGUUGGAUCUCAAGGUGGUUUGCAUGCUCAGAGGUCCAAUAAAGAGUCUCAUCAUAAGAAAGGCUCUACUUCAAAUGUCUCUGCAAAGCCAAUUGGAAAGAGAAAGAGAAAGCAUGUAGUACAUUCCAGUGAAAGUUCUGAGUCUAUAGGCAGCACUGAUUCUGAAUCUGAAGAUGAUUUAUUUUCUAACAACGGUUUUCCUGGUGUUUCGACUUCUACAGAAGAGCGUCCACGUAGAUCUACGCGGCAAAAGCACCAGGUUUCGUACAACGAGAAUGUAAGUGACGAUGAUGGUGAGUUGGAACCUUCAAAACAGGGUAAGGAAAGUGUUUCACCUCAUAGUGAUCACGAAAAUAAUCGGGAGGAAACUGAAACGAAUGAUCAGAAUGGUUUGGCUGCUGGUCUGAAAGAUGAUUUGAAAGGGGUAAAGCAGCAGAAGCAAAAAAUUUAUUCUGAAGAGAGCUUAAAAAAUAUAGAUGUGAAAACUAAGGAGGUGGGAGGAAAAGAAACAGCGGGCAGCUCAAAGAUAGAUGAAGUUUCAGAGCAUUCAGACUCCAAAUCAUCAAAUCAUUCAGAUGGUUUUGUUUAUCCCGAUCCAGAGUUCAGUGACUUUGACAAAGACAAGAAAGAGGGAUGUUUCACUCCCGGGCAGAUUUGGGCUGUUUAUGAUGAUACAGAUGGCAUGCCUAGAUUCUAUGCUCUAAUCAAAAAAGUUUUUUCUCCUGGAUUCAAGUUGCAGAUAACUUGGCUUGAGGCAGAUCCUGAUGACGAAGAUGAACACAGGUGGAUUGAGGAGAAACUGCCAAGUGCCUGUGGGAAAUAUAAACUUGUGUAUCCUAGGAAAGGAGAAACUUGGGCUCUUUUUAAGAAUUGGGAUAUUAAAUGGUAUAUGGAUGCUGAAUCUCAUCAGAAGUAUGAUUUGGAAUAUGUUGAGAUCUUGUCGGAUUAUGUUGAAGGUGCAGGAGUAAUUGUUGCAUACUUGGCUAAGUUGAAAGGUUAUGUGAGCCUCUUCUCUCGAAUUACGAAUGGAGCUAACCAACCAUUUCAAAUAUCACCAGCUGAGUUGUUCAGAUUCUCUCAUAGAAUUCCAUCUUUUAAAAUGACUGGUCAGGAAAGAGCAGGCGUUCCUGAAGGAUCUUAUGAACUCGAUCCUAUAUCCUUGCCGAUAGAAGAGAUUAGCGGUCCUGAUGAUUUAGAAGUGAACGUUGUAUCUUCUACCAAGGUGAAUUUGGAAAGAAGCAAUUCAGUAGAGGAGAAGGGUCCUGUUGAUCAUAUUGGUGAUGUUAGUGCUCCAUCAGCUUUGGUCCCAGAUUCUUUUGAAGUUCCAGACCCUUCGUUCUACCAAUUUGAUGCUGAGAGGUCCCAUGAAAAGUUUGAGGCUGGCCAGAUUUGGGCAUUUUAUGGUGACGAGGAUGAACUUCCAAAAUACUACGGCCAGAUUAAAGGGGUUAGGAGGAUUGGCCCAAAAAUUGAGUUGGAAGUAUUUUAUCUUACUGACUGCUGGCUACCUAAGAAAGUUAUUAAAUGGGAUGACAAAGAUAUGAUCAUUUCUUGUGGAAGAUUUAAAAUCAAGCCAAAUGCCAAGCUAUGCACUUACAGCAACACCAAUUCUAUUUCACAUCAGGUGCAUGCUAGUUCUGUUGGAACGAACAACGACUAUGAAAUUUUUCCGCGGAAGGGUGAAGUUUGGGCAUUAUAUAGGAACUGGACGACUAAAAUCAAACGUUCUGAUUUGAAAAACUGGAAGUACGACAUAGUGGAAAUUAUUGAAGACGGUGAUAUGUGGACAGAUGUUUUGUUUCUAGAGAAGGUGAGUGGUUACAGUUCAGUUUUUAAGGGCAAGUUAAAUAGCGGAGGAUCAACGAUGACCAUGACGAUCUCAAAGGAUGAGCUGCUCAAAUUCUCCCACAAGAUACCUGCUUUCAAACUUACAGAAGAACAUGGCAACAAUCUGAGAGGCUUCUGGGAACUUGAUCCCGGUGCAAUACCGCAACAUUAUCUUAGCAAGGAAUGA